AUGGAUGUGGCUCUGCCUCUCACUGCUGUAUACUCAGCAGGUGCUGAUCAGGGACAUAAAGAGCCUACGGACUGCGAAAUGGCAAAAAUCCUUAAUCAUCCCAGAGUCUAUGCUUUUCUGCACAUACCAGUCCAAUCUGCCUCCGACAGUAUACUCAUGGAAAUGAGAAGAGAAUACUGUGUUGCUGACUUCAAAAGAGUUGUGGAUUUUCUGAAAGAAAAAGUUCCUGGAAUAACUAUUGCUACAGAUAUUAUCUGUGGUUUUCCUGGAGAAACAGAUCAGGAUUUUCAAGAAACAGUGAAACUUGUUGAAGAGUACAAAUUUCCAAGCCUCUUUAUUAACCAGUUUUACCCAAGACCAGGAACUCCUGCUGCAAAAAUGGAACAAGUCUCAGCACAAGUGAAAAAGCAAAGGACAAAAGAUCUUUCUCGGGUGUUUCAUUCUUACAGUCCAUAUGAUCACAAGAUUGGUGAACAACAACAAGUGUUAGUAACAGAAGAAUCUUUUGAUUCCAAGUUUUAUGUUGCACACAAUCGAUUCUAUGAGCAGGUUUUAGUGCCAAAGAAUCCCUCGUUCAUGGGGAAAAUGGUCGAAGUGGACAUCUAUGAAUCAGGAAAGCAUUUUAUGAAAGGGCAACCAGUAUCAGACGCCAAAGUAUACACGCCAUCCAUCACCAAACCAUUAGCAAAGGGAGAAGUCUCAGGUUUAACAAAGGAAUUCAGAACUAGGCGUGAGAAUCACCUGAGUGCAGUGUCCCACACCUCUGCUGCGUCUCCACGUUGUGCAGCAAGUUCCAGAAUGGUGCUGCGCAUGCAGAGGCUCCAUCACAACUGUGCCCUGAGGGUAUCUGUGGGCGUGGCUCUGUUGGCUCUUCUUUUUGCUUUUUUUGUCAAGGUCUACAGUUAGUCACAGCCAAGUGAAGCAUCCGUGAAGAAGAAUAAAUGUCUAAUCAAAAUCUUCAAUGCACAGGAAAGC